UAGUGCCGUCAGCAGUAUCCUCCUCCGUGACGUCAGGCCGCGGUGUCCGCCGGUCAGACCGGGACUCGCUAGCACAAGAUGGCGGCCACUGUUCCCGGGGGUCCCGGGACUCAACUCCCGCCGCAUCGAGCGGCACCGGCUCGUAUUGGAUAUUACGAAAUAGACCGGACCAUAGGCAAAGGAAACUUCGCGGUUGUGAAAUUGGCUACACAUAUUGUCACCCGGGCAAAGGUUGCAAUAAAGAUCAUUGAUAAAACUAAGCUGGAUGAAGAGAACCUAAAGAAAAUUUUCAGAGAGGUCCAGAUUAUGAAGAUGUUGUGUCAUCCCCACAUUAUCCGCCUUUACCAGGUAAUGGAGACAGAACGAAUGAUCUAUCUGGUUACUGAGUAUGCAAGCGGAGGCGAGAUAUUUGACCACUUAGUGGCUCAUGGACGCAUGGCAGAGAAGGAAGCCCGAAAAAAGUUUAAGCAGAUUGUGGCUGCUGUCCAUUUCUGUCACUGUAGGAAUAUUGUGCAUCGAGACCUGAAGGCUGAAAACCUGCUGCUGGAUGCAAACCUCAACAUUAAAAUUGCAGAUUUUGGAUUUAGUAACCGUUUUACUCCUGGACAACUGCUGAAGACUUGGUGUGGGAGUCCUCCUUAUGCAGCGCCAGAAUUGUUUGAAGGCAAGGAGUAUGAUGGACCAAAGGUUGACAUUUGGAGCCUGGGAGUUGUACUAUAUGUUCUGGUUUGUGGAGCCCUCCCAUUUGAUGGAAGUACUUUGCAGAACCUGCGUGCACGUGUCCUUAGUGGAAAGUUCCGAAUACCCUUUUUCAUGUCCACAGAAUGCGAACACCUGAUAAGACACAUGCUAGUUCUGGAGCCCAGUAAACGCCUGUCUAUGGAGCAGAUUUGCAAACAUAAGUGGAUGUGCCAAGGAGAGCAGGAUCUGGAGUUUGAAAGGUUGAUAGCAGAGUGCCAGCACGUGAAGUUAGAGCGGCAGAGGGAUCCCCUCAAUGAACAGGUUUUGUUGACAAUGGUUGAAAUGGGUUUGGACAGAGAACGUACCCUGCAGUCUCUCAGAACAGAUGCCUAUGAUCACUAUAGUGCUAUCUAUAGUUUACUCUGCGAUCGUCUGAAGAGGCAUAAAACUCUUCGGCUCCCAACUCAGCCAAGUGCACCUCGAACUGUUUCCUAUUCCACUCCUUCGGUCCAGGCUGAUGCUGCAAGCAAUACAGUCAGUAUAAAUGUACCUCAGGUUCAGCUUAUCAACCCUGAGAACCAGAUAGUUGAGACAAAUGGAACCAUGACUCUGGAUAGUGAUGAAGCAGAGGAGCCAUCACCUGAGGCACUGGCUCGAUACCUGUCUAUGAGGAGACACACAGUGGGAGUUCCAGACACACACAAUGAAAGUGGCACUGAUGAGCUGCAGAAGAUAUUUCCUGGUUUUCCAAGGGUCACUCAGCAGAUUCCAUUUCUACCAGUGACACAGAAUACCAAUGUUCUGCACACCCUACUGCCCAUGCCACCUAGCGCACACCUCGAGUACAAGGAGCAGUCUCUUCUUCAGCCCCCUACCCUACAGCUGCUGAAUGGAAUGGGGCCUCUUGGACGCAGAGCCUCAGAUGGAGGCGCCAACAUUCAAAUGCAUGCGCAGCUACUUCUCAAACGACCACGUGGACCUUCUCCGCUAGUCACCAUGGCAACAACUGUGACAGCUGUUACACCAGUGGAUGAGGAGAGUUCAGAUGGAGAACCUGAUCAGGAGGCAGUUCAGAGGUACCUUGCUAAUCGCACAAAGCGACACACCUUGGCAAUGACGAGUCCGACUGCAGAGAUUCCACCUGAACUCCAACGUCAGUUAGGGCAACAGCAAGCUUUCCGGAACCGGGCCUGGCCCCCUCACCUUGCUCCUGAUUUACAUCGCUCCAUGUACAAAGACUCCAACACACUUCAUCUUCCUGCUGAGCGUUUCUCUCCAGUUCGGAGAUUCUCAGAUGGAGCAGCCACAAUCCAGGCUUUCAAAGCUCACCUAGAGAAGAUGGGAAACCAGAAUAGCAGCAUCAAACAGCUGCAACAGGAAUGUGAGCAGCUUCAAAAGAUGUACGGUGUACACAUGGAUGAAAGAACUCUGGAGCAUACACAACAGCAGCAUGUCAUGUACCAGCACGAGCAUCAGCACCAUCUCCUCCAGCAGCAGAUUCAGGAUUGUAUACGACCUGCACAACCUUCCCCUCCUCUUCAGUCAUCUUCUAUGACACCAGCCUCUGAAAAUCAGCCAGCCCUGCUAACACACCAACUACAGAGGUUGCGAAUUCAGCCUUCUAGUCCACCCCCAAACCCAGCCAGCAACCACCUCUUCCGACAGCCAAAUAGUAGUCCCCCUCCAUCAUCGAGUGCCAUGCUCCAGACACAUGGGGCCACUUCCUCAUCUCAGUAUCCAGGAAUGCCAACCCACAGUUCAAUCUACCAGCCUUCUAGUACUGGAUCACCCCCUCCCAGCAUGGCUUUGCCACGCAUGAGCAUCCAGCAACAGCAAAGCCAGCAGCAAUCACCGCAGCAAGUCACCAUUCAGGUGCAAGAGGCAUCAGACCUACCAGGAGCCUCUCGUGGUAUGCCAAUUAUUCCCUGUGCCAACCACAUUCAGAUGCAGCAGAGGGCGUCAUUAAUGUCUUCUAUGGGCAACUACAGCCACAGACCCCUUUCUAAGCAGCUGAGUGCUGACAAUGCUGAAGUGCACAGUUUGAAUAUGGCCCACUUCUCUCCAUCUACAAACUAUGACCAGACUCACUUGCACCCUCAUGUAUUUGCUGAGCAGCCAAGGCCUCCUCCAGCUGUUUACACAUCCACAGGCUCUGGAUACGGCCCAUCUGGCGGCACCGCAGCUUAUUCACAGGCUUUAAAGGUUCCUCAGAUGGAGCAAUACCCAGGAUUCUCCACAACUUCUCAACAGAACUAUCCAUCCUCAUCUUUGCAGCAGGCCUUGCUCUCCCCUACACCAGGCACUUACACAAGGCAUCACCAGCAGCUGCCCCACAUGCUGCAGGGGCUUCUCUCCCCACGCCAUUCCCUCACUGGCCACACAGAUGUACGUCUACCCCCAGCUGACUUUAUGCAGCUCAUUAAACAGCACCAGCAACAGCAGCAGGAGCUCAAUGAACUCUUUAACCAGCAGCUGAGCCAAGGUGACCCAGGUAACCUUCCCUACCAGAGUGCUUCUGAGCCCUACCAUCACCUUCUCCAGAUCCACCCAGCAUCAGCGGCCACCCCUGAUUCCAGGUAUCACCCAAUCAUGCUGCAUUCAGAGAGCAUGGAGGAGGACUUCUCUGGAGAGGGACAAAAGGAAUCUGAGGGAGAGACUGUAAGAAGCCUGUGCAAACCAUGCCAGGAGACUAGGCAUGGGGACACAGAGUCUUUGCUUGGAACACUGGCACUUAAAGAGCAGGAACUGGGGGUACAGCAGUACAAGACACAGACUUCAUAUAACCGGACCAAGUCUGCCAGCAGAGAGCCAGGGCCUACAGCAAAUUGCAUGGACAGAGCCUCCCCACCCCAUGUAAUGGAUGUCCCUGACCACAACGGUAUUCCCUAUCCUCCAAGACCCUCUUCCAGUGAGCAUGCCCGAUCGAGGAUGCUUCAAAGGCACCACACCAUCCAGACAAGUGAUGAUGCCUAUGUACAGCUAGAUAGUCUAACCGGGAUGAGUUUAGUGGCUGGAAAAGCUCUUAGCUCUGCUCGCAUGGCUGAUGCAGUUUUGAGCCGCUCUUCACUUAUGGGAAGUCAGCAACUUCAAGAUGGAGAGAGUGAAGACUAUGUGGAAAAUCCAGAAGAAACAGAUUUAUCUUUACUCGGUGACAGUGGUCAACAUCUGCCAACCUCCUGCUUUCCUUCCACUAUGUUAUUGGGUUACAAGCACACAGAUCUGAACUUCAGCAUGGAGCAGGCAGGAGUUUGAAGUACGUUUUCUGCCACAACAGAUGGGUCCCAUCUUCUGAACACCAACAGUAUCUGCAGCUUUAGCGCCAAAUUUUAUCUAAUUUUCCUUCCCUAACAAAAGACCAGCCAUUACCCUCUUUUAAACUGGUUCUGCAAGUUGUACCAUUCUCCUAUCUAUUUCAUUUCCUUGUCAUAUAUGCCCACUUUAACAGAUCCAAUUUGGAGCUUGGGACAUAAUGAGAAGGGUGGGGAGAGCGUGGCGGGAAAAUUACCACCAUUCUCAUCUUUGGGAGAGUGGAAUCAGAGGGGGUACUGCUUCCCGUUGGGGACAGUGACAUUUGUCAGUGCUUCUGCUCAUGGAAGCCAGGGAAGAGCAUUUGAGCAGGGACAAUUUGGUAAUUAACUGACCUAAGUAUAAUAAAACCAGCAAAGAAUCCAUUGAAGAAGUACGGCAGAAGGUGCUAAUAAAUACAGACAGGAGAUUGGCACCUAAGGAGGCAAUGGCAAGCUUUGUCCAUAGGGUAUUGCCAAAGGCAGGCUGGUAUACUAGCUGAAACUUUUUGGAGAGGCUGGCACCCAGAGAUCAAUAGCAGAUGGCAGAACAGCGCUUGAAUGCACAUGGAAUGUGCUAUUGCCACUUAAAAUAAAUAGAGCUCUAUAUUGAUAUAUUUGUACCACACAGCUGACUUUUAGUUUGUCCUGUGUUUGGAUGUACUAGGUUGCCUAUUUUUAAAGCCAAUAGAACAUGGGUUCUUGUUCAGGCGAUAUGUGCACCACAUUUUCCACAGUGUGCAAAAUGCCCAGAACUCGCCUCAUGUGCUACUGCCUUCCAAAAAAAAAGGAAAAAUUAGGAUUGGAUGGUUCCAUCCACUUGUUUGCCUCUAACAAACUUAUUGAAAAUCAUUUCUUCUUGGGUUCACGGUUUUUAUUUAUAAUCAUUUUCUAAGUUCACAGUUUUAGCACUAGUUUUAGAAUGCAAUCAGUGUCUUUUAUAUGCACUUUUUCCUUUCUUUUCUGACUUGAAACCUUGAAAUUAGGGAAUCACUGAACACCGCAGCCAACUUAGCCAGGUUUGUUCUGUGGCAUGGUAACAACACAGUAUGUAUCAAAUGUUCUUAAGAAAUCAGAAAUUAGGAAUCUCUGCAAGGUGCUCCUCGGCUCAGAAUAGGUUUGUUUAAAAAAUAGUGCCAUAUGACAUUUUGGGAAACAAGCAGGUCUUUGUCUGAUUUGGCCAUUCACAUACAGAUGAUCUUAUUUUGCAGCCCUCAGUUAUUUUCAUUAUCAGAUGGUAUAACUUUAUUCUUCCCACUAGAAAAAAGUAAUCAUUUAAGGCAGUGAUCCCCAACCAGUGGCUCAGGGGCAACAUGUUACUCCCCAACCCCUUUGUUGCUCCCAGGGCCUUAAAGCGGGUGCUUAUUUUUUAAUUCCUGGCUUGGAGGCAAGUUUUGGUUGCAUAAAAAAACAGGUAUACAGCCAAACAGAAUCUCCUGUAGGCUGCCAGUCCACACAGGGGCUACCAAUUAGCCAAUCAUAGCCCAUAUUUUGCACCCCCCAGGAACUUUUUUAUGAUUGUGUUGCUUCCCAAAUCUUUUUACAUUUGAAUGUGGCUCAUAAUUUAAAAAAAAAGUUGCUGAUCACUGCUUUAAGGGCUGCAAUAUACUUGCUGCUCAAAAUAAAAUAAAAAUUGCUUCCCUUUGACAUUAAUGAUAUAUCGGUCAAUAGUUAUCCAUGCAGUGUGAUUUAUGGAGCUUCCCAUUAAUGCCACUGAGAAGCUUUUAGCCAUAGUAGCAGGCAAGAGCCAGUAAGCUGCCCCAUGUGGUAUUAGCCUUAGAUAGUUAUGUGCCAUGCAUGUGAAAGCCCUGGGAUACAUCGUUUUAGUGAGAUUCAAAGAGUAUUAACCACAUAAUAAACUUGCUUGUGGAAUAAGAAAACCCGGAGAAAUGCUCUGUGUAGGGGUGCAUUUAAUUAUACAAAGAAAUCAUUUUUUAAACCUUUUCUCUCCAGGGGAUUGGGUUUCCAUAUGUUUCCAUAAUACAUUUUUGCACAGCACAAAUAUGUUCCCAGCACGUUUUCACUUUAAUAGUCUGAUUAAUUUUGACAGGGUUAUAAGAGCUGUUGCUGUAGAUUUUAAUGGUUUCACUACAUCAGAUCUGUUUAAUACUCUGUUAAUAAGUGCAAUUAGUGAUUUCAGUAAAAAAAGAAAAUAUUUGAUUUGGUGAAGAAUUGGCAGUUUUGUUAGCAUCAUUAGAGAGGAAAAAUAUAGUUCCUUUAGUAAAUCUUUGCCUUGCCUUGCCACACAACUGAGUUAGCAGUGUUUUAAAAGAGCUUGUUCUAGGGAUAUGGGCUCUCAGGGUGCCAGCUUCUAUUCAGCUACCCACAUGGUGCACAGACCCGGCAUUACGCCCUUCGGAAAUUUUUGGCCUGGUGCAAUAUGCUACUUAUUUUACAUACAAUUUUAUUUUCUGUUUUAAUCAUGAUUUAUGUUUAAUUCUUUGUGCCAGGAAUGCAUAAAAGCUGAAUGGCAAAGGGUUAAAUUGAGAUCUUCAAGUGUUCUGUGUGGAAUAUGAGUGGGGACUGUGUAUAUAUGUAUGUGUAUAUAAAAGUGUGUAUGUAUAUAUAGUGAGAAUGUGUGUAUAUAAAGACUUAUGUCCAUACAAAAUUAUUAGCUGUGUUUGUCACCGGUAAUGUGAUGCCACUGCUGCUAGUGACUUCACCAAGCUCAGUGCCAAUUUAUCUGCUGAGGCAGCAGUCGUCAAGUUUUCCCCCCCCCCCCAUCUGUUACAAUAGGGACAGCUUUUGUCCUUGGCAUUAUAAAAAUAUACUUUAAACCCCUUGAUUUGUUACAAGCCCAGAUCUAGAUUUUAUGUGAAGCCUGUGUGCUAAGGAAUAGCAUGCAUAUUUGUAAUAAUUAACAGCUGAUUGGAUACUAAGCCACGGCCGCAGCUCUAAAAUAUGAGGCCACUUUUUGGGAAAGAGGACGUUUAUUUGCACUAUACAGGCAUGUCUCCAGCCUGCACCAGCAGCUCAGGGCUGCUGGGGGGUUGCAAGGAAAUGUAGUUUAAAAACAGCUGGAAGUGUUGCCCAUGUCUGCACUGUAUCCUUUUUAAAUAAGUAUGCCCACCCUUCCCCACUCUUUUACAACUAUGUUUCCAUGCUUUUAUUACAACGUGUCAUUUUUACCUCUCUAUCAUUUUUAGCUUCUUUAAUUGAUUUGUAACUGCAUUUGGAAGCUUAUAUGUUUGAUUUCCCUCAAAUAUAAUCAUGGUUCUGACUGCUUUUCCUCGUGCCCUGUAGCAUUUGUUCACCCAAACACUGUCCUUUCCCAUAUAUCUCUUAGGCCUGCUAAAAACAUGCUGUUCUCUCGAUAAAAUUCAAAUAAUUUUCUUGAGCCCAUUAAAUGCCUCAUCUUUCAUACCGGUAGGCAAGAGGCCCACAUUUGAACUUCAAAAUAUUCAGUGGUGCUUAUGGAGAAAAAGUAAAUAACUACAAUCAGAACUUUCAAAAAAUUAAUAUAAUUAAUAAAUGUGUGAGGUUUCUGGGUUUUUUUUUACACAGAUAAAUGUGAUUUCACAGAUUAAAAAGAAACCAUUGAUCUGCUGCUGACUUGUACAAACCACUUAAUUCGUAUUUUUUACGUUAGUUACUUUUUUUUUUUUUACAUAAGCCUGUCUUAAUAAGCUCAUAUUAAAAAUGAGGUGGGGGGGUAAUAGCAGACCUAAAGAUCACUCCAUAAUACAUCUCUUUUGGACAUAUCUUCCUCUCCACAUACACGGGCCGAUUCUAGCUGCCGAUAUCGGUCCCUUAGACCGAUUCGGCAGCUAAUUUGCCUGUGUAUGGGCACUAUACGAUCGAAUUAGCCUGCACGCUCCCCGAUAUCGCCCACCCGUAGGUGGGGAUAUUGGGUGAAGAUCCGCUCGCUUGGUGAUCUCGCCAAGUGAGCGAAUCUUAACGUGUAUGGGCACCUUAACAUUCCGAUCACUGCAUGUAAAAUAUACUACACACAGGGAUCCAGCUUAAUCGCAACAAGUAAUGUGUUUUACAUGUGGCAAUCCAAAUGAUAGACAAGGGAAAUGUAUUGCCAGGAGAUUUGUCACCUGUAGUAGUGCAGAUCUACCGCAGGUUAUAAAUCUUUUGGUCUGCCAUGGCUCUAAAGUCUCCCUUACAGCUAUUAUUAUCAGCUCAUUGUUGUGUCGACUUUUAGUCAUAUUUCUGACAUGACAGAAAUGUCUGAACUGCCUGUAUCGCCACCCAUAGGCUGUCAUUACUACUACUGUCAGUUUACCAUUUCCCAGUUGCUUUUUUCAUGCUUGUGUGGCUCACAAGUAGAGUUUGGGGAUUCCGGAACUAAACUAUUGAUUAUACAUUCCCAGCACCCCGAUUAUCUUUCAGUUUUAACUGUCCAUUUUUCUCUUAUAUGUUGCUUAUUCAUUUCCUUACCCGUUUCAAAAAGACGUGUUGUACUCUGGUUGAAAGCUGCCCUUUGAUAUGUUAUCUGAGACGUGUCAGUAGCAGUUUCAGACUGUUGGUAUAUGCUUACUGAUUAGCCAUCACAAUAUGCGUGUGCAGGUCAGCCUUAAGUCUUUAUAUACACAGUGAAUGUUUGUGUGUGUCUGUCUG